UUCGACGAAAGAAAUGGAUCAAGUUGAGCUUCGUCGGGUAUUUCAAAUGUUUGAUAGAAACAAAGAUGGCAUGAUCACAAAAGAAGGGCUUAACGAUUCGCUGGAGAAUUUAGGUCUAUUUAUUUCUGACAAGGAAGUAAGCCAAAUUAUCGAAAGCAUCGAUGUGAAUGGAGAUGGUUUCGUGGAUAUUGACGAAUUCAGCAUUUUAUACCAAAUGAUAACGAAUGAGCACAAUGAAGAAGAAGACAUGAUGGAAGCGUUUAACGUCUUCGAUCAAAACAGAGAUGGAUUCAUCACAUUUGAAGAGUUGGCGUCGGUUUUAUCAUCGUUAGGGUUGAAGCAAGGAAAAGCUAUUGCGGGUUGCAAGCAGAUGAUAACAAAGGUGGAUGCAGAUGGAGAUGGUAGGGUUAAUUUUAUGGAGUUCAAGCAGAUGAUGAAAGGCGAUGAAUUUGCUGCCUUAAGAUCAAGUUAUUAA